AUGUAAAAACUGGUUUAUAAAACUCACUUUUUUGAAAAUUAAAUUGGUGAUGAAGGUGCAUCAGGCUUAGGUUCUGGUUUAGCAAAUUGCAUUAAUCUCUCAAAUUUGACACUUAACCUUUAUGAAAAUUAAAUUGGUGAUGAAGGUGCAUCAGGCUUAGGUUAUGCUUUAGCAAAUUGCAUUAAUCUCUCAAAUUUGACACUUAACCUUAGUCUGAAUAAAAUUGGUGAUGAAGGUGCAUCAGGCUUAGGUUCUGGUUUAGCAAAUUGCAUUAAUCUCUCAAAUUUGACACUUGAUCUUAGGUAAAAACAGUUUAUUUGUUUUGGAUUGUGA